AUGAUUCGAUUUGAAGUCGAGUAUAAUAAGGAGCCACGGACUAUAGAUGAGGCGGUGUUUAAUGCGGUGACAGUCAUUCAGAUCCGAAAUAUGCAGAUGGAUACGCAAAAGAGCCGUGGGGGUGGGCGGGGAGCCGUCGAUUAUGAUAUAUACGCUGAAGAGGUGGGAGAUUACCUUAGACGGUGCCCAGAUGAAACUCGCCAGAAGCGGAAAGCAAGCUUCACCAGACCGGAAGUAAAGAACGUGGACAAUGUGGACACCGUGAAGUCCUUGUUAGCUAGAGUGGAGAAGCUAGAGGCGGAAGAGGCUCGACCUCGUGGCUUUAAAGGAAAUAGGGACAUUGAGUGUUUCUACUGCCACGAGAAGGGACACUUUGCUCGUGAAUGUCCGAAAAAGAAGGGUAAACCGGAAGUAGAUCCGUCGACCGGAAAAGAAUCAAAAGAAGAUCAUUUAAACGGGAGUGGACCAGCCCUUGCUGCCAGAGGGAGGUCAAAGUAG